AUGGCGUUGAGCAUAAGGAAAGCAAUCGGUGUGGUUAAGGAUCAGACUAGUAUAAGCAUAGCGAAAGUAGCAAGCAACAUGGCUCCAGAUCUGGAGGUCGCGAUCGUGAAAGCUACGAGCCACGACGAUGACCAAUCGACCGAGAAGUAUAUCCGCGAGAUCCUUAGCUUGACUUCACUAUCCCGUGGCUACGUCCACGCCUGCGUCACCUCCGUCUCACGCCGGCUCACGAAAACACGCGAUUGGAUCGUCGCUCUCAAAGCCCUGAUGCUCGUUCACCGUCUACUCAACGAUGGUGACCCAUUGUUCCAGGAAGAGAUCCUUUAUGCGACUAGACGAGGUACGAGGAUUCUUAACAUGUCUGAUUUUCGUGAUGAGGCUCAUUCUAGCUCUUGGGAUCACUCUGCUUUCGUUAGAACAUAUGCUAGUUACUUGGAUCAGAGGCUUGAAUUGGCUCUUUACGAGAGAAAAGGGAGAAAUGGUGGUGGUGGUAGUAGUCAUCAAAGUAAUGGGGACGAUGGAUAUAGUCAUCGGUCUAGGGAUGAUUUUCGAUCUCCGCCUCCGAGAACUUAUGAUUAUGAGAGUGGUAAUGGCUUUGGUAUGCCUAAGAGGUCUCGGUCUUUUGGAGAUAUGAGUGAGAUUGGAGGAGGGAGAGAGGAGAAGAAAUCGGUUACGCCUUUAAGAGAAAUGACACCUGAAAGGAUUUUCGGAAAGAUGGGUCAUUUGCAGAGGCUGCUUGAUCGGUUUUUAUCCUCUCGACCUACCGGUUUAGCCAAGAGCAGCCGGAUGAUUUUGAUCGCAAUGUACCCAAUUGUGAAAGAGAGUUUUAGGCUUUACGCUGACAUCUGUGAGGUCUUGGCUGUUCUGCUCGACAAGUUUUUCGAUAUGGAGUAUACGGAUUGCGUUAAAGCCUUUGAUGCUUAUGCUAGUGCGGCCAAACAGAUUGAUGAGCUCAUUGCGUUUUACCAUUGGUGUAAAGACACGGGUGUGGCGAGAUCGUCUGAGUAUCCUGAGGUUCAGAGGAUCACUAGCAAGCUGUUGGAGACUCUAGAAGAGUUUGUGAGAGAUAGAGCUAAGAGGGCCAAAAGUCCCGAACGGAAAGAGAUAGAAGCUCCUCCUCCUCCUGCGGUAGAGGAGCCAGCGGUUGAUAUGAAUGAGAUCAAAGCGCUUCCUCCUCCAGAGAAUUAUACUCCUCCACCUCCACCACCACCUAAACCAGAGCCAAAACCGCAGCAACCACAGGUAACAGAUGAUCUAGUUAACCUGAGGGAAGAUGACGUCACUGGUGAUGACCAAGGGAACAAGUUUGCUCUCGCGCUUUUUGCGGGUCCUGCCAGUAGUAACGGAAAAUGGGAAGCUUUCCCUUCUGAUAACGGCGUGACAUCGGCUUGGCAGAAUCCAGCAGCAGAACUCGGGAAAGCGGAUUGGGAACUUGCAUUGGUCGAGACAGCUAGUAAUCUGGAGAAUCAGAAAGCCGCAAUGGGCGGUGGUUUAGACCCGUUGUUACUCAACGGGAUGUACGAUCAAGGUGCAGUUAGACAACACGUGAGCACCUCGGAGUUAACCGGUGGAAGUUCAAGCAGUGUAGCGCUCCCUUUACCAGGUAAAACCAACAGCCAUAUAUUAGCACUCCCUGCACCAGAUGGAACCAUUCAGAACGUGAACCAAGACCCGUUCGCGGCUUCCCUAACUGUUCCGCCUCCUUCGUAUGUGCAAAUGGCUGAGAUGGACAAAAAGCAAUAUUUAUUGACUCAAGAGCAGCAGUUAUGGCAGCAAUAUCAGCAAGAAGGAAUGAGAGGUCAAGCUAGUUUGGCUAAGAUGAGUCCAGCCCCAACCGCAAUGCAGUAUGGGAUGCCGCCGGUUAACGGUAUGGGACCGCCACCGAUGGGGUAUUACUACAACAACCCUUACUGA